AUGCAGUUCACUGGCUCUUUGUUACUCAUAUUUCUUUUCUCAGAAGAAUUACCUUGUACAUGCCCGCUGUGUACCUCAGACAGAGGGAGCUGUGUCAGUACAACCGAAGGGAUCCAACUCGCUAAAGAACUGGGAGCUACCUAUCUUGAACUACACAGCCUUGAUGACUUCUACAUAGGAAAAUAUUUUGGAGGAGUGUUGGAGUAUUUUAUGAUUCAAGCCUUAAAUCAGAAGACAAGUGAAAAAAUGAAGAAAAGGAAAAUGAGCAACUCAUUUCAUGGGAUUAGACCACCUCAGCUUGAACAACCAGAAAAAAUGCCUGUCUUAAAGGCUGAAGCAUCGCAUUAUAACUCUGAUUUGAAUAAUUUGUUGUUCUGCUGCCAGUGUGUGGAUGUGGUAUUUUACAACCCAGAUUUGAAGGAAGUUGCCGAGGCCCACAAGAUUGUCCUGUGUGCCGUAAGCCACGUUUUCAUGCUACUUUUCAAUGUGAAGAGUCCCGCUGACAUUCAGGAUUCCAGUAUCAUUCGAACUACCCAAGACCUCUUCACUAUUAGCAGAGACACUGCAUUUCCCGGUGCUCGCCAGGAUUCUCCCGGCAACCCGCCCUUACGCGUCGUCGUCAAAGACGCCCUCUUCUGCUCUUGUUUGCCGGACAUUCUGCGCUUCAUUUAUUCAGGUGCUUUUCAGUGGGAAGAAUUGGAAGAAGACAUCAGGAAGAAAGUGAAAGAUUCUGGGGAUGUUUCAAGUGUAAUUGAGAAAGUUAAAUGCAUUUUAAAAACACCAGGAAAGAUUAAUUGUCUAAGGAAUUGCAAAACUUAUCAAGCCAGAAAACCUCUGUGGUUUUAUAACACUUCCCUCAAGUUUUUCCUUAAUAAACCAAUGCUUGCUGAUGUUGUCUUCGAAAUACAAGCUUUAUCUUAUUGCUGGUUGGUAUAAGAACACUGGAUUGUUGGGGCGCCUGGGUGGCUCAGUCGGUCUGCCUUCCCCUCAGGUCCUGAUCCCAGGAUCCUGGGAUCGAG